AUGCAAGGCGUGUACAGCAGUGCCGCCCAUCUUGUGCCGUCGCUGCCUUCGACGAGUAAACGCAGCCGCUCGUCCUCCCCUGGUGGACCCGCUCGUUCGGCCAAGGUCAGCACACCAACUGCGAGUACAACAUCUCUUACACUACAGCGGCUGACGACUCUUUGCCACACAUAUAUGCGUGCCACUAGAAACGAGCGCUGUGGACGACCCACCCUCAUCUGCUCAACAACGCUCAGUCCAGCGAGGUCGAUCGGUCGAGUGCGCCGUGGUCAGGCCAUAUCAGCGCGAGUCCGAUCGAUUGGGUAUCCAUGACCGAGUCGCUGUAUCUCGCUACGCCGCCCGCCGAACCCACUGAGCCGAUCACGUUCGAUGAGCCCGCGCAACUUUGCCACCGACCUCAUCACUCGGCGGUGCUCGUCGAGGAACGGCGGAGGGUCGAGGAAGGCGACGACGACGAGGAACCUUGGGAAGCAGAUGAGCACGAGCACCACGAUGGCAUGGCAGUCGACAACGAUCAUGAGGUCAGUACUGUGCCUGAUCGGGAGACUGCUUCUCGGAUGGGGCCCUCUCGGGCGGCGAGGACUGACAUGAGACCGUGGUCCCUCCCUUAUAAGAUGACGGGCACAGAGUCCACGCAUGAUCACUACCAGACUCCGUAUCGGCAAGACCAUUAUGCAACGGCACAUCCCCACCAAGCCCCACCCCUGUAUGACCAUCUCGCCGGCUCUCCUUUUGCUUCCACUUCGUCGUCGUUCGCGAUGCUCAACCCGAUGGGUACCUCCAUGUCGCGCUCGGCGUCCAAUUCUUCCUCGGACCAUUCUUCCUCGUCGUAUUCAACCUUUGACUCGAACCGAAUACAGCGGCAGCCCAUGGCAUACCAGAUGGACACCGGGUCGGACACGGCGCAUGCGAACCACCUCCACCAUCGUCCCGCGCCGGCAACAUCGAUGAACACCGCCAAGCGAGCGGAACCGGUCGCCAACGGUUGGAAAGUGUCGAUGGGGUAUCGAGCAGACUGUGAGAAAUGUGUCAUGAGGGUGCCGGGCCACUAUCUGCAUUGCCAUGAUGGUCGGUAG